AGUGCCCGGCUGUCGGUUGGAGGGGGGCGGGGGGCCUUCGCCCCCGCCCCCUCGGACUGGACUUCCGCUCACCCAGAAGGCGUGUUCCGGGCUCUCUCACCCCGCUCUGGGCGCCGGUUAAGACCACGGUCCCCGUUGCCGGUACUAUGGAGGCGCCGGUGGAGGCGGAAGUCGAAAAUGAAGACGGCGACAGCAUCUGCGGGGAUUUGUGCUUCAUGGACAAAGGCCUGCGGAGCAUAUCAGAGUUAUCUUUAGAUUCAUCCCUUCAUGCCAUCAAUCUUCAUUGCAAUAACAUCUCAAAAAUCGAAGCCAUUGAUCAUGUUUGGAAUUUACAACACUUAGAUCUGUCAUCUAAUCAAAUAAAUCGAAUUGAAGGGCUAAACACACUGACAAAACUAUGUACUUUAAAUUUGUCCUGCAAUUUGAUCACAAGAAUAGAAGGACUUGAAGCACUAACUAAUCUGACUAGACUGAAUUUAUCUUAUAACCACAUAAAUGAUCUUAGUGGUUUGAUUCCCCUUCAUGGAAUUAAACAUAAACUUAGAUAUAUUGACCUACAUAGUAAUUGUAUAGAUAGUAUUCAUCACUUACUUCAGUGUGUGGUAGGAUUGAACUUCUUGACUAAUCUUAUUUUGGAAAAAAAUGGAGAAGAUAACCCUGUCUGUCGUGUUCCAGGGUACAGAGCAAUUAUGCUCCAGACAUUGCCACAGCUUAGAAUCCUAGACUGCAAGAACAUAUUUGGUGAGCCAGUAAAUUUGUCAGAAAUAAAUUCAUCACGCCUACAGUGCUUAGAAGGUCUUUUGGAUAACUUAGUUUCUUCUGAUUCUCCCCUAAAUAUAAGUGAAGAUGAGAUAAUUGAUAGUAUGCCAGUGGUAACACCACCCAUCGAUGAGAUAGCUCCCUUGGAUCAGUUUGCAUCACCAACAGAUACUGGUUUGACAUCAUUUAUAUCUAUAUGUCCAUCUUCUGAGCCGGAGAAAGUUAAUCAUGAAAACAAUUUUCAUAACGACAUGAAGCUUCAGAAAUUAGAUGAUCAAAUUUUACAGCUUCUCACUGAAACUUCUGAUUCUUUAUUAGAUAAUGUUCCUGAGAAAGAUCUCAGACCAAAAAGAGAUACAGAUAUGACUUCUGAAAGUGACUAUGGCAACAGAAAAGAAUGUAAUAGAAGAAUUCCUCGAAGAUCAAAAAUCCCAUAUUAUUCUAAAACUAUUCAGACUAUUAAGCACCACAAUAAAAACAACCCUUUUAUGAGCUGUAAUCGUAAAAUGAAACCACCUUUCUUUAAAGAUUUAUAUGUAAGAUCAUCUUUAGCAAACUGUAAUAUGUUAGAAGAAUCAGAAGAACAGAAGACUGAAAUCAUUAAAGUAGACAACAGUAGCUCAGAAGACACCACUUAUCGGACACUUGUUGAACAACUAGACCAAGAGAGAGAGAAGAGAUGGAAAGCUGAACAAGCUGAAAAGAAACUUAUGGAUUAUAUUGCUGAACUACACAAACAUGCAAAUGAAAAAAAAGAUAUUCAUAGCCUGGCUCUACUCACCACAGAUAGGCUAAGAGAAAUUAUUUUUAAAGAGAGAAAUUCCAAAGUACAACUCGAAGUUAUGGUUCACAAACUUCAAAAUGAAAUUAAAAAACUAACUAUUGAAUUAAUUAAAGCAAGAGAUCAACAAGAGGAUCACAUUAGACACUUAAGAACCCUGGAAAAAGCAUUAGAAAAAAUGGAGAGGCAAAAAGGGCAACAGCAAGCAGCACAGAUGCGACUUAUCCAAGAGGUGGAGCUCAAAGCUGCCGCUGCUGAUACAGAAAUAAACUUACUUAGAACUUCUCUUCAUCAAGAAAAGGAACAAGUACAGCAACUUCAUGAACUUCUUGCAUUGAAAGAAAAAGAACACAGGAAAGAACUUGAAACAAGGGAGUUUCUCAGUGAUGCUGAGUUCCAGGAAGCCUUAGCUAAAGAAGUAGCUAAAGAAGAAAGAAAGCAUGAGCAAGAUAUAAAAGAAUACCAAGAAAAAAUUGAUAUAUUAAACCAACGGUAUAUGGAUUUAGAAAAUGAAUUCCGUAUUGCUCUGACUGUUGAAGCCAGAAGAUUUAAAGAUGUUAAAGAUGGUUUUGAAAAUGUUGCAACUGAGUUAGCAAAGAGCAAGCAUGCUCUUGUUUGGGCUCAACGAAAAGAAAAUGAAUCUUCCUCUUUAAUUAAAGAUCUGACCUGUAUGGUGAAGGAGCAAAAAAUAAAACUUGCAGAAGUUUCGAAAUUGAAACAGGAAACAGCAACAAAUUUACAGAAUCAAAUCAACACCCUUGAAAUCUUGAUUGAAGAUGACAAGCAGAAGAGUAUUCAAAUAGAACUUCUCAAGCAUGAAAAAGUCCAGCUUAUUUCUGAGCUAGCCGCCAAGGAAUCACUAAUUUAUGGUUUGAGGACAGAAAGAAAAGUAUGGGGGCAUGAGCUGGCACAACAGGGAUCAUCUCUAGCCUUAGAUCGUGGGAAAUUAGAGGCACAAAUUGAAAGUUUAUGUAGAGAGAAUGAGUCUCUGAGAAAGGCAAAUGAAUGUGAUAAUGAUGCAUUAAGAAUUAAGUGCAAAAUCAUAGAAGACCAAACUGAAACCAUUGGAAAAUUAAAAACUUGUGUACAAGAAAGAGAAGAACAAAUCAAAAUAUUACAAGAAAAGAUCACUGAAAUACAAAAAUGUACUCAAGAACAACUUGAUGAAAAAUCUUCACAACUAGAUGACAUAAUUGAAAAACUGGAAAGACACAAUGAAAGAAAAGAAAAACUAAAACAACAGUUGAAAGUAAAGGAGUUAGAACUUGAAGAAAUUAGAAAAGCUUACAGUACACUUAAUCAGAAAUGGCAUGAUAAAGGAGAGCUUCUAAGUCAUCUUGAAAUGCAAGUAAAAGAAGUGAAAGAAAAAUUUGAAAACAAGGAAAGGAAACUUAAAGCAGAAAGAGACAAAAGUAUUGAACUACAAAAGGAUGCGGUGGAAAAGCUUCAUAGUAUGGAUGAUGCCUUUAAAAAACAAGUUGAUGCAAUUGUUGAAGCUCAUCACGCUGAAAUAAUACAACUGGCAAGUGAAAAGCAGAAAUACAUUGAUUCUGCAAAUUUAAAGGUCAACAGAUGUUUCAGAAGUUUUCUUUAUAAUCUACCAAGUGUUAACAAGGGUGCAUCAGGUUCAUCGAGUUGAAGAAGAAAUGCGUGAACUUCUUCAGGAAACAUGCAAGAACAAAAAAGCAAUGGAAGAAAAAAUUAGGCAACUUGCUUUUGCUCUAACUGAAAUUCAGCAAGAAAUGUGAUGGUUCUGAGAAUGAAUUUAAUUGAAAUGGAACAGCAGACCUAUUGUAAAAAUGAUUAAAUAUUGUAAUAGUAGUAACUGCUAUGACUUUGAAAUGUCUCUUUCUACACAUUUCAUUCUAAUUAUAUUUUAAAAGACUUUUGAUCAAGUAUUUUUUAAUUGUAUAUGUAGGUUUUUAUAAUAAAUUGUUGAUAAUUAUGUGUACUAGAAAAACCUAUCAAAAUAACUAGAGUUACAACACUUUCUUGUUUCUGUGCUAUACAUUGUUUGGUAAUUACACAUUUGUCUUCAAAUAUGUAAAUGGAAAUUAACAUUAGUAUUUGGACUAUAUGAGGUAAAGUAUUUUCAUCAUUGUUGUUACCUUAUUGUGUUGAUGAAGAACUAAUUAUAUUUAUUGGUCAUCCUUUAGUUGACGUAGCUCCAUUUUUUUUUUAAAUGCUCAUAAGUGUAGCUGAAAAGUAUUUGAAGUCUGUAUGUUAAAAGAUACGGCAUUCUUUACAAAGCAUAUGUAGCCAUCUCCACAUCACUCAUAAAGACCCUUUUUUUUUUUUUUAAGGUUUUAUUUAUUUGACAGAGAGAGCACAAGCAGAAGGAGAGAGAGGGAGAAGCAGGUUCCCUGCUGAGCAAGGAGCCUGAUGUGGGACUCGAUCCCAGGACCCUGGGAUCAUGACCUGGGCCGAAGGCAGCUGCUUAACCGACUGAGCCACCCAGGCGUCCCUAAAGACCCCUUUUUUAUAAUGCAUAUGACUUCUUCAUUAAAGAUUACAUAUAAGGUUUCAUAAACAUCAUCUGUUCUUCAAGAGGAACACUGCUGUUACACCUUCGUUUUCCCUUCUAAUCACUGUAUUUGAAAGAAUUCUUAUUUUUGUCAUCUCUUAUGUUGCUAUAUAUGCAGAACAAAAACCUAGGUACUAUCACUAUUUCUAAAAGAAAGAAUAUAAUAUCCCAUUUUUAACUAAUAGCCACUGAACUAAGUUGUUUGGGGUUUUCUUUGUUUUUUUAUCAUGGGGCUUGAACUCAACGACCCUGAGAUCAAGACCUGAGCUGAGAUCAAGAGUUGGACACUUAACCAACUGAACCACCCAGACACCCCUGAACUAAGUUUUAAAAAUUAAAUGCAAUCAGAAGAGUAAAUGUUUCUAAAAGAGAGGGCUCCAUUUCGUGAGAGGCAAGCUUCUUAUUGAGCUCUGUGGGACGGCAUCAAGCAUACCAACAUGCACAAUGGAGGUGGGAGAGCAAGGCAUAAAAAAUAAUUGGAAAAAUAAUAGCUGAAAAUUUCCUAAAUGUGAUGAAAAGAUUAACCCACAAAUCCAAGAACUUCAGUAAAACCCAGGAUAAACCCAAAGAGAGCCACACCUAGAUACUUUAAAGUCAAACUCGCGGGAAAUUCUUGAAAGCAGCAAGAAAAUAUGAUUCAUGUAAAGGAACAAUGUGAUUAACUGUUGACUUCUCAUCAGAAACAGUAAAGGCCAAAAAAAAAACAAAACAGUAGAGGCCAGAAGGCAGUAACAUACUUGAGGUAUGGGAGAGAAACGAACUAUCAACCAAGAAUUCUACAUCCAGCAAAACUGUCAAGAUAAAUGCAAAAUAAUGGCAUGCCCAGACAAUUGACAAAAUUUAUCGCUAGCCAACUUACCUUAAAAGAAAUAUUGAAGUCCUAAAGGCUGAAAGAAAAUGAUUCCAGACAGUAACUCAAAUCCACUGGAAGAAAUGAAGAAUAUUGGGAAUAGUAAACAUGUAGGUAAGUUCUCCUAAGACUGUAUAAAUACAUUUUUCUUCUGUUAACUAGAAGAUAUUAUAUACAGCAAUAAUUGUAACACUAUAUUGAAUUCACAGCAUGUGUAGGUGGGCUUUGUGUGACAAAAACAGCAAAAAGUUGGAACAAAAUAUAUUUUGCUAGAUUAAUACUAAUCUAAAGAUGACUGAUAAAAUGCAUAUUGUAAUUCCUACAACAGCCACUAAGAAAAUAACCCAAUUACAUUUGAAAAAUCAACAGAGUUCCCCACUUCUAGAAUGGCAGCGCAAGGAAUUCUGUGGACGUGUUUUCUAGCAAAACAACCACAACGGUAAAAAGUGUUUUAUUUUUUAUUUAUUUUUCAAGAUUUUAUUUCUUUGAGAGAGCAGGGGGAGGGGCAGAGGGAGAAACAGACUCCCUGCUGAGGGGGGGGGACCCAACAUGGAGCUCUGUCCCAAGACCUCAGGAUCAUGAUCUGAGCCGAAGGCAGACACCAACUUUGCAGCCACCCAGGCGCCCUGUAAAAAUUAUUUUAAAACACCCAUUUAAAGUCUGAAAAUUGUCCUAAGAGCAUACGGCAAAUGAAAAAGCAUUUCUUCAAGAAAAUUUAUUAAGUCGCUGUAAGAAGAGGAAAAGCCUUCAAUAGAUUCCUUAAAAUGCCCAGUUUUCACCUAAAAAAGUAGGAGACCUGCAAAGAAAUAGAAAAGGGGGACCCAUACAGAGGGUAAAAAAGCAGGCAAGGAAAAAUACUUGUAAGAGGGCCCAGAUACUAGAUAAAAGAAGACUUCAAAACCACUAUAUGUUCAAAAGACUGAAGGAAAGCAUGCUUUAAAAGUAAAGGAAGCUGUGUUACUAGAGCUCACCAAAUAGAGAAUAAAGAGAAAUAUUUUUUAAUGAAAUUUUACUUUGGGGGCUCUACAGUGUAUUUGAGCCAGCGGAAGAAUCUGAACUUGGAGAUUAUGCAAUUUGAAGAAGAGACAAAAUAUUGAAAAAUUAACAGAACCUCAGAAAUGUGGAUCACAUUAACUGCACCAACAUACAGUGAAGUUCAAAAGGAGAGAGAAAAGAGUGAUGUAUAUGAAUUCUAAAGUAUAUGUAAAAUAUAUAACCUAUUUAUUAGAAGAAAUAGUGGCUCUAAGCUUGCCAAAUUUGAUGGAAAUCAUGAAUUUACAUUCUCGGGCGCCUGGGUGGCUCAGUUGGUUAAGCAACUGCCUUCGGCUCAGGUCAUGAUCCUGGAGUCCCGGGAUCGAGUCCCGCAUCGGGCUCCCUGCUCGGCAGGGAGUCUGCUUUGCCCUCUGACCCUAUCCCCUCUCAUGUGUUCUCUCUCAUUCUCUCUCUCUCAAAAUAAAUAAAUAAAAUCUUUAAAGAAAAAAAAAUCAUGAAUUUACAUUCCCAAGAAGCUAACUUCAAGUAGGAAAAAUUCAUAGCCACACCCACAUAGUAAAAAAUACUGAAAUUGGAAGAAAUGUGAGAAGUCCCCAAAUAUUUGCAAAUUAAACUGCAACUUCUAAAUAACCUAUGAGUCAAGAAAUGACAGAAAAGGUGCGAUAGAGGAAUGGGCACUGUAUUGACCCAUGCUGUGUCUGGGGAAGGGACGUUGCACAGAUAGGAUUCAAAGGCUCCAGAGGUUUAAAAAAUCAUUUGGCUUUCUGAGUUGUGGGGCCCAAGAAAGGCUGCCUACACUGUAACCUAUAUCUGGAUCCAAAAAUCUUUUUUUCCCCAGUUGUAUUGAGAUAUAAUUGAUAUGUAACAAUGUAUAAGUUUAACGUAUACAGCAUAAUGAUGUAUGUAUAUAUUGUGAAAUGAUUACGAUAAGUUUAAUAAUA